AUGGAGACAAAUGGAGCUCGGCCAUUUUUCCUUGUACCCAUUUCAUUCUAUUUUCACGCAGUGCUCCUAUCCUUUGGUCAGACCUUUUGGAUUCAAUCGGUGCAAUUUGAAGUCUUCACUCUAAACAAUUUAUUCAUCUGCAUUGUUUUAUAUCUCACUGUGAAGUUCUAUUAUUACUACUGGAGAGAAGAGAAUCAACAUCGUAAUCUGUUCCGAAUUGCAUGCUACGGAGCUUUUAUCUCUGCUCUGUCCCUCUGCAAUCAGCACACGAUUGUUUUUUACUUAUUCCCAAUUAUUCUUUCCAUUCUCUACCUUCUAAUCAAAUCGCACGAACUCACCACCAAACGUUUUUUCCAACUCACACUCCUGUUUUUCGCAGGAUUACUGCCCUAUGCUUACUUAGUCAUCGAUUCGUACUUCCCAAAGAAAGCCAGAUUUUUCAAUCAUCUCCUUCGAUUGGAGUACGGAACCUUCCGAUUAUUCGCGGGAGAUGAAUCGAAGAAAUCGGGCGAAAUGUUCCUUUCCGGAAUUCUGCACUAUUUUUCCGGUUCUUGGCGAGUGAGAAUAGGAUUGGCUGCUUAUUUCUCAGAAUUUGUUUGGGUUCGGGUUUUUGUGUUCGUUGAUCGGGUUUUCGGUUUGCUUUCACAGCAGAGAAACAAGCCAGCGAAAAGAGGAAAAGCAGGGGUGUUUCAUUAUCUGGCGAAUCUUCCGCUUUCCACCAAUCCGCUUUUUGUCAGCGUUCAGGAGCGAUUCUGGAUGCAAGGCUUUAUCGUCAUUUCGAUUUUCGCGGGAAUCGGAUUUUCCCUGCUUUGUAUCAGAUUCCCGCGGUACUGUACAUGGCUCCGCGUGUGCGGCGUACUGUGUGUCGUCCUGCAGUUUUUGCUAAUGUCUCCGAAAGUGGUGUUAUUGACUCGAAAUAACGACACAUUGCUUCAAUUGGGUCGAUCGGAGCUGGAAUUGCUUCCUGAAAACGCGAUUUUCUUGGUGUUCGGGGAUUGUCAGCAGAACGCUGCGAUGUAUCUGCAGCAAGCGUUGCACGAGCGAAUGGAUUUGGACAUCGUGUAUCUGCCCUACGCUUCGUACAUGUGGUACAAUCGAACGCAGCUGCCGCUCUAUCCGAACAUCACGUGGCCAGGGACGGUCUAUCACGAACUGGGGAGCAUUCUCAAAGGAGAAGGCGGGAAUGCGUUUAAUUUGAAGUCGAGCCACGCAGAGAAAUGA